UCUAUCGACAAUCGCGCCUCUGUUCUACCUUCUGCAGUCACCCUCCGACCGUCCUCUUUCGGCCAAUGUGGCCCGCUAGCCAGUUCCACGGCGGUUGGAUGUGGGCGUCAAACGACUUCCAAUCCAGCAACCUUUGGCGUCGGUGGUUUGCCGGCCGGAAGCGUAGCCGCUGCCCAAGCCGUAGGCACCGGAAAUGCAGUGCCCAUCUGCAAUCUUUUCAGUCUGGUCACACCAUACCGUACUCUCUUGGUGCAGACGAUGGCCCGCCACGAGCAUGUCGCCUGUCACGUGGAGGCAGCCUGCGAUCCCAUGAGCCAGGAGGUCUACGACUGGCUUUACGCCUUCAACCCUCUCAUGGCGGGUCAGAUCAGGUUCGCUUACCUGAUCAGCCUACCAAAUACUCUUUAUGCCUGUGGAUAGAUAACGAUUCCCAUGUUGAAAAAAGCAGGAUCAGUUAG